UCCACACCCCCCUCCUUCCCUAACUCUGUGCGCUCUGAGUGCUAGAAAAGUUAAUUUUAUACUCGCACGGUUACAUUAAGCUCCUUCUACUUGUGUGUGUGUGUUCCUCGGUUACACAUUACAGCACUCCUUCGGCUGUUAUGGCGAACACGCUCACGCAGGGCCUGGAGAAGAUCCCCGACCAGCUGGGAUACCUCGUCAUGUCCGACGACGGGGUCCUUGCCUCGGGCGGCGAGCUGGAGAACGCGGAGCGCGCGGGGAAGGUGCUCGUGGCGAUGCUCCGCUUGGCCGUGACGCUGACCAUCGAGGACAAGGCGGAACCCUGCUUCAAGAGACUGUCUGUGAUGUUUGAAGAUCACAGCUACUUGCUGACAGUGUCCGGCCAGAAGAUUUUCGUGGUGAAGAGGAAGAGAUCUCCGUCGUGUCCCAAAGAAGCAUAAGAACGAGGAGACAUCACGAUUCACGCCGAUGGUAGUGGCUGUUAUUAAACCCAGUAGUUCUCAGCCUUGUUGGGGUUGUGGCCCCCCAAUCCAGACAACAAUUCCCAGGGUCCCCCCAAAGUUACUUCGAACAGCACGGUUGGAUACGUAUGGUGCGAAAGACGUUCAACAUACAUACAUACUGAGACCAGUAUUAACACGUAGGCUUUCGCGACCAACAUCAUCCAUAAUACAGGUUUUUUUUGGUGAGAUCGCGGAAAUAUAUAAAAGUGUCGUUAAACCUGCCACCACCCGACACAGCCAACUAGUAAGGGUUGUCACUUAAAUAGAACGUGGCCAAUUCGUUGCUAGUACAGCACUAACCGGUGUGUUGGAGAGCAAAGCCACAACAUUUACAAUCUGAGUACGACAUUUCGCCAGUAAUUACAACUAGCUUCAGUAAUUGCAACAAGCUUAAUUGAUGAAGCUAGUUGUAAUUUCUGGUGAAACGUCGUACUCAAGAUUGUAAAUGUUCUGGCUUUGCUCUUCAACACACCGGUUAGUGCUGUACUAGUAAUUGGCUGUGUCGGUGGUGGCGGGUUUAGCGAUCUAACCCAAACAAACUUGUAUUGUGGAUGAGAACAGCACACACGAAUAUUAUUACGACACAUUCACACCCCUAGUCAUUGUGGUGUUAGCAAGUCACGUGUUUCACGCUGCGCAUCCGUCUGCGUUUUUGUCACCGCACGCGACGCCGAAGCUCCCCGCACACCUUUUUAACAUUUCUCCUGCACGGUAUCCCUGCUGCAGACUCCUGUGUGUCCCCCCCCCCCCCCCCUCUGCGAGGCGACCGGGGCACGCCCCGCAGGUUUGAGAGCCCCGUGGGCUGAACGUGGCACGCGGCGCUGCACACGCACCACGCCCCACGUGUGCACGCACUACAGUUUGUUGAAAAAGUGAAAAGUUUUUUUGCGCUACGUUCACACGCGCACGCACACGCACGCACACGCACGCGCACGCUUCACACGUGCGCUUCCCACGUGCACGAGCGCGUGUGAAGCGCAUAGACAAGUCAGGGCACACAGACGCACACGUCGUAAUACAGAGGCAAAGGUACCCCCCCCCCCAGGAGCCUCGGCAGACUUCUGGGGCAAGUGCUGUUGGCGAGAACGGCACGCGAAGGGGUUGGUGUUCAGCACGGGGCUCCGACGCCGUUGUCAUCGCGCCGCGCCUGGCCCCCAUUUAAGGCUGAAUCUACCUAGGGGGGGGAGGUCCCAGAACCGGUUCGGAUGUUCGUCACUGACGUUGGCCGUGAGCGGGAAUCGAACUUGGGUCGCGGGGUUACGCAGACGCGCACGCACACAAACAAAGACAAAGAUCCCACUCUCCCCGUUAUAGCCUUAACAGACUCUUCGGGGCAAGUGCUGUUGGCGAGCGCCUAUGAACACAGUCGGGCACGUACGCAUCACGGAACACUGGCAUGCAUUCACGCGCGCAUCCGUGCGCUCACCACGAACCGGACGCUGUUAGUGCGUCGCGACGUUUGGGAAGCUUCGCUCGAAAUCGCUGCUCCUGCUGCUGCUGCUGCUGCUUCUUCUAUGGGAGAUCACGGUGGCAGCGUUGGUCCGAAUACAUUUGUAAGUGGGCUCGCUGCGCGUGGGCCUUCGUUGCGUGGACAUCCGCAAAAUUUGCAAAUAAAUGCGCGCGGAUAAUAA